AUGUUGCAUCCAUCAUCAUCACACUUUCAGCCAAGCACACUUACUUCAAUCGUAGACUGUCCACAACUCCGCGAGCGACUCUCCUGCUUGCCAACAUGGCAGCCCAGCUGGACUUCGUCAGCCGCAGCUUGCACAUCAUGCACAAAGCUGGUGUGCAUCUUCCCCAGCAAAGCAUCGAGUAAUCUCCCGAGGCGCGAGCUCUAG